CUUGACACGCGAGAGUUUCAUCAGCGUCUUGACCGGGUGAUGAUACCAGUGUACCGGUGCGGUCAGACGGCGCCUUAAAAAAUACAUAAAAGUGUGUCUUCGUCAUGUAAGUUCGGUGGAGGAUUUUUUUUUUAAGUAUUGUAGCUGCCAAGAUGUUGACGGACAUGAGCGUGGAUGAAGAGUUCGAGCUCAAGGAGGAAGAGCCUUGGUACGACAAGCAAGACCUGGAACACGACCUUCAGCUGGCUGCAGAGCUCGGCAAGUCCUUACUGGAGAGGAACCGUGAGCUGGAGCAAGGCCUGCAGCAGAUGUGCACCACCAACCAGGAGCAAGUGCAGGAAAUUGAGCACCUGACCAAGCAGGUGGACCUCCUAAGGCAGGUGAACGACCAGCACGCAAAAGUCUACGAGCAGCUGGACGUGGCGGCUCGGGAGCUGGAGCAGAGCAACCGCAAGCUGACUCAGGACAACCGGACGUCCCAGCAGAAGAUCCACGGGCUGACAGAAACGGUGGAGCUGCUGCAGACGCAGGUGGAGGAGCUGCAGCAUCAAGUGGAUGACAUGAAGCUGGGACCGUCUCAGCUUGCUCAAGGGUACCGCUGGAGGACACGUGGGGCUCAGAGUGUGAGCUGCCUGGAGGAGCUGCAAAGGCACCCGGAGGAACCUUCCGAUGACCUGGACCGCAGCGGUGUGCAGCAGUGGCACGAGGAGCAGCAGGCAUCUCUGCGUCGCUCACUGCGCAGCCUCCAGGCUCACUACGCCGGUGAGCGUGCUCGUCGGGAGGAGGCGGAGCUACAGGCGGGGCUCCUGAGCCGGGAGAACAUGGCGCUCGAGCAGCAGCUGGCCGGGAUGGAGACGUGCAAGGUGCGAGUGUCUGAGUUGGAGAAAGAGGCCGAGGAGUUGCAUCGCCUCUGGAAAUCCCAAUCCUUGGCCAGGUGCGACCCGCUGCUCCUGCAUCCAGAAGAAGAAGAGGAAGAGGAGGAAGAGGCAUCGACCAGAAGCCGGCGUCCUUUCAAGCGCUGGGCCAGCGAGCGUCUACUGAAGGCCACACAGACGCACGACUCUGCAGGACAGCACGAGAGCUGGUGCGCCAGGCGAGCCGAGGUGGUCAAACACCGCGGCAUCUCGUUGCUCAACGAGGUGGACGCCCAAUACAGCGCCUUGCAAGUGAAGUACGACGAGCUGCUGCAACGCCUCAGCCAGCAGCAUCACCAUGAUGACAAUGAUGAAGAGGAGGAAAAGGAGGAUGUGAAUCACAAAGGAGUCCAGACCAUAUCGCCCAGCAGCGAGGACGAUGUCCACCAGCCAGAGUACAAGGAACUUUUUAGGGAGAUUUUCUCUCGCAUUCACAAAACGAAAGAGGACCUGAUUGAAAACAGGGUGAGAUCCCCUGCAGGCCGUGUGGUGUCACUGCACCCACAAUAGCUGGACCUACAAGUAUACCCAGACUUAUGCAGCAACACUUUCUCUUUAUUUGAAAACAAAACCCAAUCUCUCUACCUCACUGGCAAGUAAGCACGCAUGCUGCUUCAAAUACCACACUUGCAGUACUGCACACAUCUCCACCUCAUCAACUUUAGCAAAAAAAUAAAUAAAAAUCAUCACAGCAACUUUAGCAUCUUUGAUUGUGUGAAGGACAGAAUUUGAUGCAACAAAUGAUUCUUCACCCUUUGACUGGAUGAACAAAUGAAAAGGUUUUACUAAUGUCACCACUGGAUUGUUGUAUUGUGCAGUAUAUACAGUACUGUGCAUACAUACUCUGCUCCAUGUUCAUGUGCUAUUUAUCAAUUCAACUCAAACUAAACACCUCACCUGUCUUCAUUUCUUUCUACAUGCUCACUGUCUACGUCUAUAGACACAUCUAUAACCCUCUACUGCGACUAUACAGUACACCUAACUCCAAAUACAAUACAUAUCAAUGUACUAUACAUAUACAGCUGUAGUUGUAGAACCAGCUACAUAUAGAUUUACAUUUCUAGAUCUGUAUAGAUAUAACUAUAAAUAUUUCUAGACAGAUCUGUAUAAUUUAGCUCUGUAUUUUUACAGAAGAAUAUAUAGCUCAGUAGACAUGUCUAGAUCAGUCUACUGUAUAUAGCUACAUUUUUUUGAGCUGUUUUUUUGAGCUGUGUACAGAUCUAUAGGUCAAGUUUGAUAUAGAGCUAUAGAUGUAUACAAGCGCGUAAUAUGACCCCCGCAAAAAUCAGAUCUAGCCAAUAUCCCCCCCCCCCCCGAAUAUAACCACAUCAUUCCGAUUUAAUAAAAAUAUCCAUUAUCUUGCAUUAAUAUCUUCUUGAUUUUCAUUGUUUAUACCAUUUGCCAGCAAAACAGUAGCAUGUUUAGGCAUCCGGUAAUGCUUUCUCUACCCAAUGUUCACUAUUUGCUGGAUGUUUGCAUGGAUGCAGACAGCAGAACCGCGGAAAAAUGAAAAGAGCACUAAAAGGAGGGCAGACAACAAUUUUUCAUUGUCUCUCAACACCUAAACCUAAUAAAAAAAGAAAAAAUCCUGACCAAAAAGAGGUAAAUACUCGUAUUAAGUUAGGUGGUGAUUUGUGACUGGAGGUGGCAAGCUAGUUGUGUCCUGUGAGGUGAAGCCAGAGGGUGUCAGGGAUGUACUGUGAAGGACCAAUGGCAGUUUUGCUGACUUUUCUCCAAUACACAGUGUGGGGUAGCGGUGUUACUAGUUUAACUACAUUUCUCGGUUGACUGAUCGUAACGUCGCUGUUUUCCACGUUUUCCUCACUGUAAACUGCAAUGUGUGCAUGCACACCCCUGCUCCACUCAACGAGAGCGACAAGGUUAGCAAACCCCAAGAAUGGUGGCUUCUCCGCAUUUUUUUGGUUGUUUCCUGAACCUUUUGCCUUAUGGACUAUCUUCGUAAUAGAGUUUUCUGAAAUACAUAUUAAAACUAUUAGUAAUAGUUCGGAAGUAUACGAGAUGAGAACAUGACCACAUUUUAUAAGCUGUAUAAGCAGCAGGGUUCAAGUUUGAGAAAAAAGUAGCGGCUUUUACACCGGAAAUUACGGUACCGGUAAUCUAAUUCCUGAUCAAAAUGUCUGUCAGUUGUCAAGUGUCUGUUAGUCCAAAAGUUUUAUUUCACUCAACUACUUAGAGAACAGGUUAGAUUGCUAACCUUUGAAUUACAGAGGAAUAGCAUCAAAUUACUCAUCAAGGCUAAACACCGUUGUAAUUUACGAACAAUAAUGUUAGAUACCAGUGGUCUCUACGGUCUUCUCUUAUCACUUGUUGUCGUAAAACUUUCUCUCGUCUACUAGAUUUACCACUUGUUUACUUUGUGCAACCACCUAGUAUCAUAUAAUGCAAUCAUAGUUAUGUCACAUGGGUAAUAAACAAGUCACCAUGAUUGCAAUCAUAAUUUAAUACUUUUUAUCAGUGUUUUGAAAGACACACUUUUAGCAUCAUAAUUCACUGGCUCUCUGAUGAAUACAGUCACAUGAUGCUUAUUUCUAAUUUCGACAGAACAGUGUCACCGUUGAGGUUUAACAGCUGAUAAUGGCCACUGAAUCUGAGAAAUGCUGUCGUAAGUGUAACAGAUUAAGAGCAUGACUUCCUGUUUGUGAUGUAUAGUUUAAGUAGCUUCACAUAGUUUAGAAACGCAAAAAUUAUUUUUUUCCUCCAUGUCCCCUCGUGUGCUCUGUAUAAUAUAGUUCUCCUCCACAGCGCUGUAAGAGACUCAUUACAAGUUAUUGCAAACGCUUGCUUGCAGUUGUUGCUGCAAAGAGUAGCCCAACCAGGUUUAUUUAGGUUUAUUUGUAGGUUUAUUUAAUUUUAUUCCUCCCUUAAUAGUUUCAUUUAAAGACUGCAUUUUGUGUUCAGUCGUGUUGUCAUUGACUAAUAUUCAAAUUUGUUUAAUGAUCUGAAACAUUUAAGUGUGACAAAUAUUUGCCUGAUUAAUUUUAUUACCUUGUAUUGUUAUUGUUUUAUUUUU